UUAGGUGGAUAUAAUGAAGGGGUGGGACUUGUUGCUUACUCUAGCAGCAGUGAAGAAGAAGAGGAAAAAGGAGGAGAAGCAGGAGAGGGAGGAACACAAGGAGGAGAGGGAGGAGGGGGAGAGAGCAAGAGUAGCACCAGAACAAGCAGAGAGAGAAAGCUCAGAGACAGUGGUGCAACCAAGGGUUUGACUAAAAACAAUCCUCCGACUGGAGAUAUUGCGGACUCUCCUCCUCUGUGUAAGAGACAAAGAUUAGACCAUGAAGAUCAUCAUCUGACGGAGCAGUCUUCUCCUCUUCCUCUCCCUCCUUCACUGCUAUCUCUUUUCCAAGACCAGGAACACUGUGCUGUUGAUGAUGCUGGUUGCCAUGACGGAAGAGCGAGGUCAUUCCCCCAUGUCAGGGGUCAGUGGGCUACUCACGUCUUCAUUCCAUUUGAGUUCUCCAAGAGCUUUGUCUCUUGUAUCAAUGAUCUUCAGCAGUACCUGAAAACCACAAGUGUUCCGGAAGGUUCUGUAACUAUCCACCAGUUCCCGGCCAGCGAGCUCCACCUCAGUCUGUCCAGGACUGUCCCCAUUCCAUUCCACGUCAUCAGUCCUCUGACUCAGGCAUUGAGAGACUGCAUCUCUACACACCACAGGUUUGAGGUGUCCUUCUCCCACCUGUCGUGGUACUCUAAUGAGGAGAAGACCAGAUCAUUCCUCAGCUGGGACGUAUCCACAGGCCAUAAUCAGGUCAGUCUACACUUGUUUAUUUGUGGUGACUUUAUUUACUUUACCUUAUUAUUGCAGUAUUAUACACAUUUACGCAGGUGAUGAUACAAUAGUAAAAACAGAGUGUGAAUAUAAUUAUGUCACUGUUAAUUAAGGGGUUUAGAUAUGGGGUACAAUUUUGUAUAAGACAU